CUUAAAUGAGCACCAAUCUAGAAAAAUCCUAAACUCUUAUAAUUAUCCCGCCGUUUUUCCCAACACUUGUAAUUUUGGCUCUAAAACUUGUCUUCUCUUCAGUUUUCAGUCUUCACUCCCAACUCCCCUCAACAAAAAUCACCAUUCACAAAUUUGAGUAGACAGCAUUUUCCACCCUCUCUCUCUCACCCGCUCUCAAUCUCGAAGCCAUCAUCUGAGCUUUUCUAGCUUUUACUACAGGAGACGCCGGUGGCCGCCCAAUUCGCCUUCUUCGGCAGUUCGGCUUCGCGAGUUCGCGACCCAGUAGGCCAGCCGCCAGUACCCACGGACUUCGAAGUUCGAACUCAUUCGCAAAUCGCAGCUUCAAGCUUUAGGGUAGGAAGUGGUACUUCAUGCUCAAGCUUUCUGGUUGCAUGCUACUCCUUUGUCGUAAUAAGGUCUGAUCUUGGGAAGUGAGAAAAACUGAAGACAGCUGGUGCUUCUCGGAAUGGAUAGAAGUGGGGAUGUAGAAGCAGUUUUAGAUCUUCAAGCCAACUCUUCAAUAUCCGUGGCUUAUCAUCCUGAUUUUGGUCCUCAUGACGACCUGAUCCUUUUGGAGCUCGAUGAAAAGCUUCUUCCUGAUGUACUCUGCGAAAGAGUGUCUUUGAGGGGAGAGGCAGAUGAAGAGGCUGUUUUUUGUACUAAAUCAAAGACUUAUGCAAUCAAGUUUGUGGGUACAUCCAACUCUGUUUUUCUCAUCCCUCCUUCGAAAUCAUCAUCGUUACCCCAAAAUGCUAUGGAUUGUGAUGAGCAAAACUUAGAUCAGCCUGCUUUGGCAUCUGUGUUGAAAGUUGCUUCUGGUAGCUUGGAGCUUGUUGAGGUUGCUCCCAGAUUAGACAAGCUAAAAUUGCUUCUCUCAAAAAAACCCUUUAGCAUGAAGGAGUUGUCAGAAAUGGAUACUUUUUCAGAGAGUGAGGAACAGAACUCUGUAUAUAGAUGGGAUGAUCUCAUUGGACAGAUUCAAGCAAGUGAUGAGGAAUUAAGAUUGGGCUUAGAAGCUCUUAGUGCAUUAGAAAUCAAUGGGUAUUGGAGAAUUGUAGAUGACAAAUGCAUGGAUUCGGUCUUGAACAUGAUUUUGCAUAAUGCAGUGUUAAACGAUUGGUCUUUUGAUGCACUACCAGAAAAUGAAGUAGUCUGCAUGCUGGAAUCAGAUGGCUUUCCUCCGGGAAUUUCCACCCAUUGUUUGAGAGUUUAUGGAAAUAAAAUGAACAAUGAUGACGGUAUUUCUUUGUGGAAAUUGAAUGAAAAACAGGUUUGUGUCCAUUUUGCCAAAGGAAUUCUGAGGAAAGGAAAAGUGAAGAUGGACAAAUUCGUGGAGGAAUGGAAUAGUAAAAUUCCUCAUGGAAUGCAGACAAAUAUUAAUAUGUUGGAAGGUGAAGUCUUGACAGAGAGGAUUGGGGUGGAACUUUGGGUUCGUGCGUUUAGUGUUUCUUCUCUACCAUCAACUCCUGCUCAGCGUUUCUCAAUUCUCUUUAAAGAGAGACCAAAGUGGGAAUGGAAUGAUCUUGAGCCUUAUAUAAGAGAUUUGAAGGUACCCGGUCUUACUUCGGAGGGUUUGCUGCUCAAAUACACAAGAAGAUCACAACCAAGACCUGAUGUUGAACCUAUAUUUAGUGCACGGUAGUUGCAUAUGGGGUCGACACCAUUUGACGUUCAACAUGUUGCCUUUGGAUGUUGUUUACUUAUUUACAUAGGACUAUAGGAGUGUUACCGAGCAGUCACGGAGAUGAUGCGUUUCUAGAAGUGUGCUGGGUUGUAUCUGUAGCUAGGAAUGUUAAAUAUCAUGGUUAAAUUUAGCAUGCUGUUUGGGGUAUUCCCCUCUCUUUUCACCAAAAAAAAAAAAUGGUUAAAUUUAGCAAGUUAAUGAUUUUAAUAGUAAA